GCUCAAGAUCAAUAUCUUGCUUGUUUUGUUCACAUUUCUAUUGCAGACAGAACGGAAAUACGAUUACUCACAGAAUGAGUAGAGUGACACGGUUCCGCGUCCGGCUUCUAUCGAGUUCUCCUUACUUUUUUUGAACAAGCCUUUGGGCAACCUGAUGAAAAAUCUGAAGAUCUUAAAUGCUUCAAGAAUCACCAAUCAAGAAAGACAAGAAUAGCAUGUCGUUAUCUAAAUGUCGCAAUUCUGAUGCAUGAACCUGUCUCAUCUUGGAUAUUCAAUUUGAUGAGAGUGUGUUUAGAUCACCUUCAUGCUUUCAGAUCAGUAAACGAAAUUGCGAAUCAUGAUGAACUAAGUUCUGCAUUACCAGCAAAUACUCCGAAGACUGUUGUCGUGCUGUUGAAGGGAUAGAGGAAAAGCUACUUCAUCAGGCAAGACAAUAUUAUCGUGAUCAUCAUAUUUUCCUGGCUAAUGACGAUGCCCUGAUUUACUGACAACAAUAACAGGCACAGAGUUGCAAGUGCUACGUUGUGCUUUCCUUUUGGUUACGGCAACGUCCGUGGUCUAUUUGAUUUUGCAUUUCAUUUGAAGCAAGAUUGUCUCGAAUUUGAUAAGGCGACUGGUUUUCGUUGCAACUACCACCGAAUUAUCAUUUUGGGCGACAUUUUCCACCACUGACUUUUGCAAAGACGUUUAGAAGGCAUUUCCUACUUUAUUUUAUUCUCAAUCUCGACGUUGUUCGUUGUAGCAACAGCAAGUUAUAGUUUCAAUAAUUACUAAAGAAAAUGGCGCAGUUCGGAUUGCGUCCGAACAUUAUCCUCCUGAGGGAUGGAACAGAUUCGUCGCAGGGAAAGCCGCAGAUUAUUAGUAACAUCAACGCAUGUUGCUCUGUUGUCGACAUAGUUAAGUCGACGUUAGGUCCCCGCGGAAUGGAUAAACUUAUGACUGACGCGGGAGGCGAGACCCUUGUUACGAACGACGGUGCGACGGUUAUGAAGCGACUGAACGUUUGCCACCCAGCGGUACUAUUCCUUUUUUUGUUGAUUUGAGCGCAAGAAGAACGACGAAAAAGAUAAACACGACAUGCAUCGUGAAUUUACAAGGAACAACAUCAGUGAAAGUGAAUAAAGAUGUUACUUAAAUUUUUGAGAAACUACAUCUUGAAAUCGCCCUGAACUUCUAAGAGCAAAAAUUACAGGCGAAGAUCCUUGUGGAUAUUGCAAAGUCGCAGGAUUACGAGGUGGGAGACGGCACGACAUCAGUUGUCGUUCUUUGUGGUACUUUUUAGAGCUUGUGGACUUGUUUUCUCGACAAGGAUCUUCAUCAUUGAAUUAGGAAGCUAACAUUUAUUUUUUUCGAUAGUGUUUUAAUCGAAAAAUUCGAUUUUUAUCAAAAAAUUUGAUGUUGCUCUUGAGUUGUCCAUGGACCUACCGAGUUGAAUAGCCAUCCUCCGCAAUUGUACCAGGUGAGUUCCUUCGGGAAGCGAAGAAUUUCUUGGAGGACGGCGUUGUGCCGCAGACAAUUAUCAAGGGUUUCCGAAAAGCAUGUGAGCUUGCUAUCCAAAAGCUAAAGGAUUUAAGCAUCGACCUCUCAAACAAGAGCCAAGAGGAGAAAACGCAGAUGCUCCGAAAGUGUGGUAAGACUGUUUAUCGUUUGGCACUAAUCUUGCCAAGUCGUGCGUAUUGAGAGGUACGCUACCUAGUCGAUCCUUGUCGCUCCUACUCAUGAUCGGCAAUCAACCAAGUAAACCACGAUCAAUAAAUAAAUCCCCUCAGCUUGCAUCAGUCUCUUCAAUCUUCAAGUGUCACUUUGACCUUGACCUUGACGAUCUUACUGCUAUACAUAUAUUUCCUCACUGUCAAACUCAAAUUUCUUCAGCCGAAACGACGUUGAAUUCGAAGCUUGUGGCGGAUUACAAGGAGUUUUUUUCCGAAAUUGUUGUGAGGGCUAUCGGCAUUAUCGGUGCUGACUUGGAUUACAGCGGUAUUGGUAUCAAGAAGGUCACAGGUGGUUCCGUCAGGGAUUCAAUGCUGAUUAAUGGUGUGGCUUUCAAGAAGACCUUCUCCUACGCAGGGUUUGAGCAACAGCCGAAAUCAUUUGUCAACCCAAAGAUUUUGCUUUUGAACUUGGAGCUAGAGCUGAAAUCCGAAAAGGACAAUGCAGAAAUUCGUAUCUCGGAUCCGUCCAAAUUUCAGUCAAUUGUCGAUGCGGAAUGGAGUACUGCAAUUUCUAUUUUGGAUCCGGCGUUACUUAGAGUCUACUUGUGGUCUCACUCACUACAAUAGUACCUUCAAGUUGCGCUACGAAUUCAGGAUAUCAACAUCAUGACGUCGACCUUUUCCGCUCCUCUUACGCUAUUCUCGUAAUCAUUUCCCAGUCACCUUCUAGUCAUCCCUUACCCAACAACAACUCUCCUUCUACAGAUAUCAUCUACGAAAAGCUUGACAACAUCGUCAAGAGUGGCGCAAAUGUAGUGCUGUCAAAAUUGGCUAUUGGUGAUCUCGCUACGCAGUAUUUUGCUGAUCGUGGCAUUUUCUGCGCUGGUCGCGUUGAGCAUGGUGAUUUGGACCGAACAAGGAAAGCAACAGGUAUACUGGAAUACACUUCGCGCAUGGAAUGACAAUGAGCUUGAUUUUCUCCUUUAUCAGCACAAGAACUACUUGAUGUUCAUGUGCAACGUGAAGCUAUGGAAGUGUACAGAAUCCUGUCAUGUUGACAACUCUUUUUGUUGAAGUAUAUACAGAUUCAGAUCGUCCUGAAACUUACUGAAAUAUCUCGUCGUAAAGGUGCACAAGUCCAGACAACAGUGACCGCCGGACUUGAAGCUGGGGUUCUGGGCACAUGCGCCAAAUUCGAGGAAGUGCAAAUUGGCGCCGAGAGGUAUGCAGCUUUUAGAAGUUAUUCUUACGAUUAUUAUAGGAGUGGGGACGACUCAACAGUGGUGUUUAGAUUGUUUCAUUAGCAUGAAACCUCAUAAUGUGAAUGAUGCAUAAAUUUCAAUUAAUCUUCUUCCAACAUUUUUUUCUCUUCGUUCAGGUGGAACCUUUUCAAGGACUGCGAAAACACGAAGUCGGCGACACUGAUUAUUCGUGGUGGUGCGCAACAAUUUAUCGACGAAGCGGAGCGCUCAAUUCAUGACUCGUUCAUGAUCGUCAAGAGCGCAACGAAGAACACAGCGGUACUUGCUUCCUCACUUCUUACAGAGAAAAAUGGAGCUUCUUCAAGAAUAAGAAUGUUCGAAAGCUGAAAUUUGAUGCUUCCUUAGUAUGCUGUUCUGGUUCUCUGGUUUGAAAAAUUCUGCAUCUUCACUGGCUUCUAUCUAGAAGUAUCCAAUUUCGAUUUACCUCAUCUUGCAGAUUGUUGGUGGCGGUGGUGCCAUUGAAAUGGAGAUCUCACGUUACCUGCGAGAAUUCGCACGCACCGUCCCGGGGAAGCAGCAGCGCGUGAUCGAGUACUACGCGCGCGCGUUGGAGGUGAUCCCGCGCACGCUUGUGCAGAACAGCGGGGGCGACGCAACGGAUGUGAUGAACUUGCUGCGCAAGAAGCAUAGUUCCGCAUCCGGCGAAGGCGGCGAGACCUCGCGCUGGUUCGGUGUUGACUGCAUCGAGAACGGUGUCAAGGACACAAUGACUAGCUUCAUCUGGGAGCCGACCACAGUGAAGGAGAACGCCCUGAGCGCUGCGACCGAAGCUUGCUGUCUCAUCCUUUCGAUCGAUGAAACAAUCAAAAACCCGCAGUCCGAGAAGCCCCCACCGAUGAAGGGAAAGGGAAAGGGAGGCGGCUUCACCAACCAAAUGGCUGGCAUGGCCCGCGGCGGAAAGGGACGUGGUUUUAAGCAGCUGCGAAACACCAUGGCGUAA